AACCCCAGCUGUACCAUCCGGAGGAUCACGAGACAACGGCGGGCAGAGCAUCAUCGGGAAAGAGAACUCGUCACCACUCAGUUCAGCUUUAGGGUAGCAUUGGCAGCAAAAUGUCUUUGUCGUCGUCGUCGGCGGCAUCCUUGCAGCGAAUGCGGAUGUUUGACAAAAUUCCGUCGGCUGAAGAGUUCAUUUCAGAGAUUGAGCCUCUCAACGUUCCCGCGGUAUUCAGCGGCUGUAUAAAAAAUUGGAAGGCUUUUUCUCAAUGGAACCCCUCAAAUGGCGGUCUCGAUUAUUUGCAGGAAAAGGCAGGGUCAUCGACAGUGGAGGCCAUGCUUUCCCAACAAGCGCCAGUAUUUUACGGAGACAUUAGAAGCCAUGAAAGGGUUUCAUUGCCUUUCUCUACGUUUAUUGGAUAUUGCAAGGACAAUUUAUGUGAUAGAUGUGAUGGUGAAGAUAGUUUUCUUGAAUCAAAGAAGCAUACUCCCACAGAAUCUCAUACUGGCCAAUUUGAAUUUCCUGAGCAGAUUUAUCUUGCACAGGUGCCAAUUCUGAAUAUUGAGUGCACAGAGAAGGUUCAGUUGGAAUGCUUGAGGGAGGACGUUGAAAUGCCUCCAUUUUUGGAGAGUAAAACCAUAUCAUCUAUUAAUUUGUGGAUGAAUAGUGCUCAAAGUAGAUCAAGCACUCACUACGAUCCACACCAUAACCUUCUAUGUAUAGUCUCUGGAUGUAAGCAAGCAGUUGUGUUAUGGCCACCUUCUGCAUGUCCCUUUCUGUAUCCACGCCCCAUAUAUGGGGAGGCUUCAAAUCACAGCACCCUAGAUUUAGACGAACCAAACUUUUGUGCACAUCCAAGGGCAGAACAUUCUGAUGAAUAUUCCCAGAAGAUUAUUCUUCGUGGCGGCGAUGCUCUUUUCAUUCCUGAGGGGUGGUACCACCAAGUGGACAGUGAAACUUUGACCAUUGCUGUUAACUUCUGGUGGCGCUCAGACAUGAUGUCUGGUUUGUCAGACCACAUGGAUUCCUAUUAUUUGCGUAGAAUACUGAGAAGAUUGAUUGACAAAGAGAUGAACCAAUUGCUGCAUUUGCCUUCUCUUGUGGACGACAAAAUAGAUGGUAAUCAAAGCGACCAACCAAAGACCAGGGUUCCAGGAGGGGUACAGUUAAGGCAAAUGAGCGUGUUGCAUGAAAUGGAUCAACUUGCAGUCUCUGCUCUUCAGAAACUUGUUUCUUUGGUUCAUGAACGUGUCAAUCCAAACCAACCAGUGAAUAGCACCCCAGCAAAUAAUUUGGCUGUUGAAGGGAAAGAUGAAAGUAAUGAAAUAAUGAAACCGGACUUAUUCAACUUGAAAGAUGACCCAGUUGCAUUACUGUUGUGGACUCUCCAACCGCUUGCCCUUCGAUGUGUAUUGCUUGCAAUGGCACACAAUUUCCCAAGAACUCUUGAGGCCUUGAUAUUGCUUGUGCUCUCACCCGUUGGGGCAGAGGUCCUUACUCGAAAGUUUGAGGAGAUGGAUCAGCUGAUUGGUGAAGAAGAUCGAAGCCAGUUUUACCAGAUUUUCUAUGGUGUUUUCGACAACCAGAUUGCUGCAAUGGAUGCACUUUUGAAUGGAAAAGAGUCAUUUGCACGUCAGGCAUUCAAGAAUGUGCUGGACCAGUAUUUGGGAGUACAUUUUGAUGGUUCAAAACCUUUGGUUAAAUGAGACGUUGACUGGUACUUGGCUUUUCUAAGGACUACUGGUCCCUAACUUAUUCAAAUUCACUUCUGAGGUGACUCUUUUUUUAUUGGUUUGCGCUUGUGCAUGUCUUAGACAGGAAAAAGAAAUAUGCCUUGUACAAUACCUGAUCCUGUUGUUGGUAAUUACUGAUGUAUCCUAGGGACUUCUACUGCAAUUUGUUUUGUCAGAUACAUUUACAGGAAGUGCCUUUCUUCUGCUUUUUAUUAUUUAUUUUUUGGCUUUAUUUGGCAAGGAUCCUGAUUGUGGAGUAACUGAUCCUUGAUCCUCAAUAGUUAAGUGAAACGUAGAUAAUCAAGUAUCUGUAUUUCUAUCUGGACCAUUAUUUCGUCUGAUCCCCUUUGUUAAUGCCAAAUUUGUUUUGUCCAA